UCUUUUUCUCUAUAAGCGUCAUGUAUAUAUGUAUGCAUGGGCGCCGCAUCACAAACCGCCUAGCGCCCGUCUCCAUGCAUAUGUAUCGUGCUAAGUAUAUGUACUGGCAGCGAUGUUAUAAUAGCAGAAGGCCGCGUGUGACGACCAUGCCAAUACAGACGGGUACCUUGGAGAAUCCUGGAAUGGUGGGACUAGACUCGAGACACAGCAAGAUCAGUAGGUCCCCACUGAAUCCAGGAACAUUGGGUCCUGAGGAUCCAUAUCGUCAUCGCCCGGUGGAUUUUCAACUUGGGCCUUUGGUCCUUAUCUUGGUAAUCCAACGUUGUUGUGAUCACCUCAGAUCCCAGGCCCAUUUCCGAUUCGCUUCUCUGCUAUUGAUCCUCUUCUUUUCUUUUCUUAGCCUUGCUGUCUCAUUCAUCUAUCCUGCGCCGCCUAAGCGCCUGCUGCCGUGCAUCAUAUUACUCAGUUCUAUUCCCAGAUCAGCACAUUGCUGCCUGAACUCAUCGACAGAGACCGAGCUGGCGCCACCCAACAUGUCUGAUCAACACAAGCCUAUGACGGCCGACGAGCUGCUCAAGCAUCCUGAAUAUGAACAUACUAUCUGGAAGCUCAAGCCUUCACAGAAGGGUAAAUUCCCCGUUGCCAAAGACAGAGGAGGACCCAUCAACAUCGCCUACGAAGUCCAUGGCCAUGGCGAUACCCAUGUAGUGUUCAUCAUGGGCCUGGGCGGUAUGAAGUAUGCCUGGCAACGUGCAAUCAAAGAUCUUGCCCACAAGCAGGCAGAUCGCUAUACGCUGCUUGCCUUUGACAAUCGGGGCAUUGGCGAAUCAGACAAGCCUUUUUUCCGCUACUCGACCUCGGAAAUGGCCAAAGAUACCGUGGAGCUCAUCGAUCAUCUCGGCUGGUCCGGAAAACGUCAAUUGCAUGUUGUCGGUGUCAGCAUGGGAGGCAUGAUUGCGCAGGAAGUGGCUGUGCAAAUACCAGAUCGUAUCUGCACCCUUUCCCUGGUAUCGACAGCCGCAGGAUUGUUCAGAACCACUGGCUUCCUAGAAAACCUCUACAACCGCGCAAACCUCUUCAUCCCCAAAUCCCUCGACCAACAAAUCGCAAACGUAAAAGCAAACCUCUACACCUCCAACUGGCUGGAUCAACCAGACGUCCUCGAGCACACGGUAAAGCCCUUCCCCACAAACGGUGACCGCUUCGCUGCCAACGAGCUCUGGAAACGCUCGCACCCGGAGUACUUCACCAAAGGCGGUUUCAUCCUGCAGGCCAUCGCCGCGGGAUGGCACUAUAAAUCGCCCGAGGACCUGCACCGCCUUGCGCAGGAUGUGGGUAAGAAGCGAAUCAUGGUGGUGCAUGGUACGAAGGACCGCAUGCUUACGUUCCCACACGGUGUUGUGCUAUGGAGGGGGUUGGAGAAAGGCGAGGGUAAGACGGGGACGGAGAAUUGGUUGGGCCUUGAGCAAGAGAGCGACGUGUGGGAAGAGGGUGAGGUGGAGAAGAGGUUUAUCGAGGGCCAGGGGCAUGUGGUGCCGAUUGAAAUGAGAGAAGAGUUUACCGGGUGGUUGGAAGCUCUGUUCCAGAGAGGAAAGGAGUUGAAUGAGAAAGAGGGUAUCUAAGGGCUGGGUUUCUUC